GCAACAGGUCCACUGUAAAUCCUGUCCGAGCUUGUGGUUAUUGAUGACAAGGGUCCAAAACACUGACUCUGAAUAAUUGUAUUUUCAAACUGGAGCAAUGAUAUUUCGGACAGCAGUAGAGCAUGCUAAGAAGCAUCCUGGCCUCAUCCCCCAGCUCUUCUUCAUCUGUUUGGGAAUGGGCGGUGCAUCUUUGUAUCUGAUCCGUUUGGCCAGGGGACCACACGUCACCUGGAACAAGACCAAUAACCCUGAGCCAUGGAAUAAACUUGACCCCACAUACCAGUACAAGUUUGUGGCCAUCGGCACAGACUACAAGAAUCUGAAGAAGGAGGGACCCGAGUUCUGAGUCACUCACCGGCCUCCUCUCACAAAAGUCCUCUUCCUCCUUUUGAAGUCCUCUCUGCAGGUGGAAGGCCAAAUAGAUCCUCGACCAGGAUCUGUAACACUUUAGCAUCUCUAGCACCUGUGUGAUUUUUGCAAAGCAGCUGGUGAUGGUAAUAAUGACCCAGAUUGUCAGUGAAUGGUUUCUGACUGCACACAUGAAUACAGAAUACAGAAUACUGGUAUGUUUCACUUGUAUAUUCAGGAACUGAGGAGCAACCAUCAGGAUAUGUUAACAUUUGACUUGCUAUUUGUUAUUUAACACAAAUAAGGGAUACUACAUAACAUGCAUAACUAUCUAAUCUAAUGUGGCCAUGUUUUAGAAAACUCAGUUUAUUAUUCUGAAUGUUCCAGGCAUCUGUUAGUUUCUAUUCACCUUUGCUGAGAUAUAUAAACAAAUGAUCAGACUCCCAAAACCUGUAGCGGUGCAAGCAAAUCAGCUUCAGGAGUCUGCACAUUGAUUUUUAUACCACACAGAAAUACAUGGAGACAAACAACUGCCGAACAUUCACAAAAAUCAAAAAACAUAUAGCAUGCAUUUCAAAAAGGUCAGCUUAAAAAUCAAGAAAUUGUCUUCGUCUGUGUGAAGCUUUUACUAAACCAACCUUUAAGCCUGCUGCAGCGCUUUAACGUGACUCGACUGUGUGUGUUUCUUCAUAACUUGCACAUGAUUGCAGGUUUAGCAGCCACUAAAUUCGGUGAUCACUGUGUACGUUUUGAAAAAAUAAAUAAAUAACUAAAAAGUAAAAAAUGGACAAACUGGGAUGUAUUAUUUCAAUUAAUAAACUGUCUGAUUCA